UCCGAACUUGCAUUUUCGAUUCAUGCUAAUAAUUAUGGAUUCCAAUCAAAAAGACAUUUGGAGAAAGUAUGGAGAAAGACCCGGACUUUUUCAUCUAUCUUUAAAUAUCUCACAGAACCCACCAGCCCAGCUUCUGACACACAGAAUAAAAGUUAUGGAAAAGCUAAUUCGGGAAUUUCCCGAGGGAUUUUCACGUCAAGCCUCCCGAAAUUUACUUGGAGCGUGCUAUUUCUAUAACAAUCAAUACUUGAAAGCUGUUGAAACAUUUCAAGAGGUUCAUGAAAUCGAUCCAAAUUCAAUAACUGCCUCAGCAAAUCUUGCUUUUGUUUAUCAGAGAUUAAAGCUAAGUUCUAAUUUCGAAAAGUAUUCAUUUGAACUUGCAUCAGACGAUGCCGAAAGUCAAGGGAUUUCGCUAGCUGAUCAAGCUUUUGCAUUUAUCUUUGAUUGUCAUGUAGAGAAAGACGUAAUGGAAAGGAAUAAAGUACCAAAAGAACUCCUUGUUCAGAGUCUCGUUAAGCUUCAAAAAAGUGGCCGACAAGACGUUGUCAUAGAGAUAAACUAUUGGUUGGGAAAGACAUACUACAGUCUUCUUACCCAGUGUGCAAGACGAAAAGGAACGGAAGCAAUGGAAAAAGAAUACUACAUGAAGGGUAUCGAAGCAUUGGCAAAAGUUACGGGAUUAAGAAUACAGGGAGAGCUUACCAAGGAAUUUGUAUCCACAGCAUGGGCGUUUCUUGGUCUUUUCCUGUCUAGAAGAGGAAAAAUUAGGGACGAGACUGGAAAAUGGAAAAUAAAAACCAUUGAGCAAAUGGAUGAUGACAUCAAAGACAAUUUAAAAAAUCUGGAUUUGUUUGAGUUUUUAGAAAUUCCUGAAGAUUGUUUUAAGAAAGGUCUUAAGUGCGUGUUGAACGCAAACGAAGAAUUAUGCAAAAAAUUAAAACCAUCUACUGAACUUCUUAUUCGAUACGCAAUGUUCCUAAAAUUUAAGGAAAGAUAUGAAGAAGCUUUGGAGAAAAUUGACGAGUCUUUGGAAAAUGAUGAUAGCGAAGGAAAUUGGUUUGCUUGGACAGUAAGAGCAGAUAUCUUAUUCAAAUUGGGUAGAAUAGAUGAAGCAAUUAAGGAUAGGGAAAUAGCAUGCUCUUGGAACGCAACUUCACAUCACCUUUGUGAAUUGGCUAAAACGUAUCACGAGAAAUACAAGUCAUGCAAGGAAACGAAUGAAAAAAUGGCAGAUAAAUUUCUUUUGAAAGCCUCUGGAUGUUUUUUACGAGCAGUUCAAAGCCUUAGACAGGAGAAAAGGCCAGAAAUACAUCGCGCUUACGGCAGAUUCUUACGCGAAAUUGGAGAAGUUAGAGAGGCUAUAGAAUGUUUUAAAAGAGCAAUGGAGGUUGAUACCGCUAACAGAGCAACGGAGAGCUUCACUCAAUUAUUUGAAACACUUCUCCAGCUUUAUAAAGGAUAUGUUCUUUUGGGUCAAAAAGAUGAAAGUGAAAUCUAUAAAUUACUGCACGAAAUGGCGUACUUCUACGGUGUGGCCUUAAUAAAGCAUGGACAAUUGAUAAAUGAAACAAAAUGGUUUCUUAAGGAUUAUGAAGUAGAAAUGUCAGAUUUGACAGGGUACUUUCAAUAUUACAGGAACGACCCUUCGAUGCAAUUCAAUGGAAAAAAUAUAUCGGAAUUGAUAACUUCAACAGUUGAGCCUGAAAAAAUUGAAAAAUGGAAUGAGAUGGUACAGAAGAAUUUUACACGGUUUGAGACCCGAGAGAAGUCAAAGACGUCUAAGGAAAAUGUAGAGGGCGUUCCUCUCUGUUUCAAAUGUAAAUCGCAGGUUGGAUUUAGGAGACAACUCUCGGCUUUUCCGGUGCCACCCGAAAACCCCAGAAAUAUAAGAUACCCGUACGAUUUCUACGUCAUCUUUUCCCCACUUGAUAGAGAUUGGGUUUGUCAUGUGUUAUUGCAAACUCUGGAAAUAUCAUAUGGAUAUAAAGGUGCCGUAGCGGAAAGGGAUGCGCUUCCAGGUUGCAAGGAUUUAUUUGAACGCAUAUCCUUCAUUCAGAACUGUCCUAAGAUACUUGUAGUUUUGCGCAAAGAAUUUGAAGACUAUCCUGAAUGUAAUUAUGAGUUGACCCAUGCUCUCCAUAGAAUGAACGACGGAAAAUCGGAAAAUUUAGUCAUCCCGAUCUGUCGUACCAUCAAUGGUUUGCACCUAAGUCUUAAGACUAUAACCUACCUUGAUGCUGUAGAUGAUUGUGAUUGGAAUAAACUGAUCAAGGCAAUGGAGAUGAAAUAAGCCACAUGAAAAAUAGAAUAGUGUUAAUUUUUUCAACAUUGAUCUACAAUGCAAGUUUCGCAUCAACCUAGAAUGUAACAACCCCCUCCCCCCAAGUACAUGUACCAAGAAAAUCGAAACAAUUUCAGAGACU